UCUCCACCCUUGUUGCACCCCCGAAACAAGGGAGGUGACCCUCCCUCUGUGCAGCUGCGACCCGCUUCGCUGGGGAUGCCUGCACCGCGGCUAAGGGGAGGUCUCUGCCAAUCAGCCUGGCACAUAGGCCGCCCCGACCGACCGUAUAACAACGAUUAGUGCUCCGACGUCAACGCCCAGAAAUUUUCAAAAUUUAUUUCGAAAUUUCCGAAGCAAACUUCCCUGACACAUUUGUGCUUAAUUCAAAGAUUUUGUUAAAAGGUGCUUAAAUAAAAUUCCUAGAAGGCCGACAUGCCCAACUCGCGCCAAAAUUCGCCAAAUAAAAUUGACCCUAGGGCGUUGAAAAAAGUCACGGAGGCAAGCACGAAUUUUGAGAUUUAAAUUUUAUUUUCCAGUUAUGAAGGUUUAUAAGUGUUCAAACUCAAGUUAUUUGCAGUUUUCGUUUGAUUCCGACUGUCAAAUGUGGGAUUCGGCGGCCUAAAAGGGUCCGUGUGUGGGGUAUCGAUUGCAGUGGCGGAGGAAUACACUCUAGAGCGGAGUGGCAAAGGCGGAAGAGGCUGACGAUUGUAGAGCGGCGAACAAGCUCAACUCCGCUUUGCCACUUUAAUCGCGCGUUUCUAGUGGAAUUCGGGCCGACAAGUGGUCGAAAGCGACAGGCCCGCACUCCCUGCAGACGUACCUGUCAGUCGGUGGCGCCUUUCCGGAGGCCACGUGCGUUUUGGCGGCCGAAUCGAGCGAAUUCGGUGCGAGGGCCGUCCACCGACUGUAGGCAAGGCUUAAAGUUUCUGGGGGCGGGCGGUUGUCGUCCGUUGUGGGAGUCUUUCAUGUGUCCGUAGAUCAUGUCCUCCGCAACCAAUAAGGUCAAAGAGGAAGACUGUUUUCUGCCUUACCCUCCGUCGCCGACUAAACAGAUAGCACCAAGAGAAUAUCAGCUGGAAUUCCAAAUAAUUCGGGAAAACCCAGCGCCGUCUCCGUUGGCCCUCUUGGCCGCCACCUGCAGCAAAAUAGGAGGUGCCAAUGGCGAAGGGGGUUCGCCCCAGGAGUCGCAGCCCAUGCAGGGCCAGGACAGCAACAUUGUUAUUCUUCCGGUGGGCACGCCGCCUCCGUCGACCACCCCGACCCAGCAGCAGUCGGGAACGGUCACCCCGGGGCCGUCGACCCCGCAGCAGCAGCAGCAGCAGUCCAUCCGACUGGUCAACGGCGGCGCCACUUUCAUCCAGCAGGCCGAUGGCUCGCUGGUGCAGACGUCGCCCCAGGCUGCGGCACAGCAGCCGCAGUUCAUCACCCUUCAACAGCUCCAGCAACUUCAAAACCAGCAGCAGCAACAGCUACUGCCCCUCGUCCAACAACAGGUUUCAUGCUCUGAUGGAGAAUCGAAACAGCAGCAGACAGUUGUUUCUCUGCAGUCUGUGCAAGGACUUCCAGGACAGUUCCUACAGAACCUGAAUUUCUCGUUCCAGGGUCAAAUCAUGAGUGCUCAGGCGCAGCCGACACAGCAGCAAAACCUGGCGGCGGCUGCCGCGGCUGCUGGCUACAACGUCCACCCCCUGCAGACAGUGACGGUUGACGGCCAAGAAGCGGUUUUCAUUCCUGCAACAGCCCUCACGUCUUCGCCCGGCUCUCAGGGCAGCGGCCAGACCUUGAUGACGCAAACGGGACAAAUCAUUCGAGCGCAAGUGCCGUCGUCACCAGCCCAGGCCACAGUGGUCAAUGCUGGUCUUUUGCAGAACAUGGUCGCCCAGCAUACGGUGCAGAUGACAGGUCCUGGCGGUCAGCAAAUAAUUCGAGGUGGCAACGCGCAAAUGAUGCAGUUCCCGACAGUGCAGCAGACAAUUCCUGUCCAGGUGCCAGUUUCCACAGCUGGAGGUCAGACCGUCUACCAGACAAUUCAUUUCCCAGUGCAAGCAUUGACCACCACCAUUCCAACUGGCAACAUUCUCGGCCAGCACGGACAAACACUGCAAAUGAUCCAGCAACUGUCACAGCCAAUGGCCCAGCAAAUUCAGAUACCCUCUCAACCGCAAGUGGCGCAAAUCCUCACCGCCUCUGGGCAGCUGCAGCAGGUGCAGAUAUCUCACCAACUCACCCCGCAGUCCCAGACGAACGCCAACCAAACAACCGUGCAGGUCAAUGCCUCCGAAGCAGGUAGUCCAGCUGCCUCGAAUCAACAGACACAGGCAGCACAGGCCACCUCUCAGCAAAUUCAGCCGCAGCAGAUUACAUUGUCUGGUGCAAAUGGCCAGCAGAUCACUGUUAUACCGGCUUCUAGUCUGGCAAAUCUCCAGGCUCAGCAGGUUCGACAACAAAGCAACAUUAUUCAGGUACCUGGCUUGGGAAGCAUCCAAGGAAUUCCCAUACAGAACAUCCCUGGCCUCGGAAACGUUCAAAUCAUCCAGGCUGGCUCUCUUCAAAACAUUCAGGGUCUUCAGGGCUUGCAGAACAUCCAAAUUGCUACUCCUACCACCAUCAAUGUGGCUCCUCAGCAAACAGCCACAAUCCAAACAUUGCCCCCGGGCACCCAAAUCAUAUCUGCCCAGCAACUUCAGGAAGCUGGCGACUACAAAUGGCAAGUUUUGACCACUGCCCCAACUAGCACGCAACAAACCUUCAGAGCGGCAUCGCCUGUUCAAACCCAAACGGCUACUCCAACAAACAAUGAUAACCAGUCGGACCCAAAUUCCUCUCCUGCCAAAACCAGAGUUCGAAGAGUUGCCUGCACUUGUCCCAAUUGUACCGACGGUGAAAGAUACAGAGGAGGUAAUCGAAAAAAGCAACAUAUCUGCCAUAUUGCCGGUUGCAACAAAGUUUACGGGAAGACGUCUCAUCUACGGGCUCACUUAAGAUGGCACACUGGAGAACGACCUUUUGUCUGCAAUUGGCUCUUCUGCGGAAAAAGAUUCACCCGUUCAGAUGAGCUACAGCGUCACCGACGGACGCACACAGGCGAGAAGAGAUUCCAGUGUACAGAGUGCAACAAGAAGUUCAUGCGUAGUGACCACCUUUCGAAACACAUCCGGACGCAUAGUAAAGUUCGGACAGCAGCGGACGGCUCCAAGAUCGAGGAUCCGUUGGGUGACGAUGACGCCUCAUCUGCCGAGGAAGACAGCAAAAUGAUCAUCACAAUCCAAACGGAGGCUGACCAAUCAGAGAUGGUCCUUUCAGAGCAGCUCCAAGGAGAGUCAUCCCUAUCAAACUAGUUUGACAGCUUUUCAUGUUCAACUACCAAACUCUCGAGGACGUGAAAAAUAUGUUAAAUAAUGAUCAUGUACAUUGUGCAAAAAUCACUGAAAAUCAUAUUAAAUUGUUGAUACUUUGAUCGUAAACUUUUUUAUUAGUUUAAAUUGUUGUAAAUUUUCUCUGACACUACACAAUGUGCAUAUUAUGAUUAUUGAUCACUUGUAUAGUUUCUUUUGAUACGAAGAUCAUAAUUGAGUCUUAACUUUUCUUUUGGACGUUAUGCCGUUUUUAGGAUGAUAUUUUAGAUUAGCAAGAUCCUAGAUGGUACUGUUCGCCUUACAAUCAUUAAAAUCUUUCCACACAACUGUAGUGAGUUGUAACACAUUUCAAUUUUUAAAAAAACCAUAAAUAAAAUAAAACAACGAAGUACAA